AUGCCUUCCGAGAACUCCCCAGCAGCCACCGCUCAUGCAUUCAACAAGCUGCUCAAUCAACCAAAGCUAGGCUCAAAAUCACGCUCAGGAGAGGUCGACGAUGGCACGAAACGGUUGCGACGCAUGAUCCUUGUUGAAGGAAUCCCGUCCAAGACGGAUCCCAAUCUUCGUCCUCGAAUAUGGAAGAUCUUGUUACGCGUCAACGAACUGCCCAGUGACACUUACCUUCGAUACGUAUCGCGAGGACCAUGCGAAGUGAGGGAGAAGAUCAGAAACGACACAUUCCGGACAUUGGCAACGGAUAAGGGUUUCAAGGAACGCGUUCGAGAGGACAUGUUGGUCCGCCUCCUAGAUGCGUUUGUAUGGAGGAACCAUGAUAGACCGGAAGAUCAACUCGGGUUUACCUACGUGCAGGGGAUGAAUGUCCUUGCUGCGCCGUUCCUGUACACCAUGCCUUCGGAAAUCGAGGCAUUCUUUUGCUUUGCCAAGUUCAUCGAAGAGGCCUGUCCCCUGUAUGUUCAACCGACUCUGGAAGGAGUCCAUAAAGGCUUACGACUACUGGACCGUUGUCUGAAGUUCGUUGACCCCGAAUUAUAUGCCCAUCUGCGGUCCAAGAACCUAUCCGCCGAACUUUACGCUUUUCCUUCUGUCUUAACCCUCUGCGCUUGUACGCCCCCUCUCGAUCAAGUUCUCCAGCUAUGGGACUUCCUCCUCGCAUUCGGCGUCCAUCUCAACGUCCUCUGCGUGAUUGCCCAGCUCUUACUAAUGAGGGACGAAGUCAUGGCCUCUUCAAGUCCAAUGAAACUACUUCGUACUUUCCCUCCGCUGGAAGCCACUCCUGUGAUCGGCAUAGCAGUGACCCUUGUUCGGGAUCUUCCAGCCGAUCUUUACGAUGAACUCGUCAGACAUCCAUAUGAAGUGCACCACUCAUAA